GGCCGGGAGGUGGUGGGUGGAUCCAGGUGAGGAGGAAUGAUGGGGAGAGUUGGGUGACAAUAGUGACAGAGGCUAAGAGAUGGUGGAUGGAGGCAACAAAGGACUGCAGAUGAGCAGAUGGAGUAAGUGGAAGAAAGGAAAGAAGUUAGGUGGUAGGGGCAGACUGGAGGUGAGGAACUGGCUAAAUCAUGAGUAAGGGAAAGAGGCAGUUACCUGAAACUGGUGAAUUUUGCCCCUCUACAUACCCCAUCUGUCCAUCACCCACACACUGCUCCCACUGGAUCCCCUCCACCCACUGUCCCCACCUCCCUUCUCUGGUUCCAUGCUCCACCUUUUUCUCCAAUCAGAUUCCACCAUCUGCAGCUCUUUGUCUCCUGCAUCCAUUUCCUCCCCACCCCGUUGCUAUUCCCACUCUAAACUCCUCCAUCUUCCCAUCACCCUUCUCACCUGGAUCACCCAUCACCUCCCAGCCUCAGUCACUAUUCCCACUGUCCCCUCAUUCAUCUUCCUAUCACUCCUUCCUCCUCACCUGAAUCCACCCAUCACCUCCCAGCCUCUGCUACUACACCUCCUCUCCCCUCUUCCAUCUGCCUCUGGCUGCUCUCCAUCCGGACCCAUCCAUCACCGCCCAGCCUCUGCUACUACACCUCCUCUCCCCUCUUCCAUCUGCCUCUGGCUGCUCUCCAUCCGGACCCAUCCAUCACCGCCCAGCCUCUGCUACUACACCUCCUCUCCCCUCUUCCAUCUGCCUCUGGCUGCUCUCCAUCCGGACCCAUCCAUCACCGCCCAGGCUCUGUUGCAAUUCCCACUCUCUUCUUCUCCAUCUGCUCACCAUCCCUCCUCAUCUGGAUCCACCCGCCACCUCCCAGCGUCUAUCACUAUUCUCACUCUCCUUUCCUCUAUCUGCCCAUCAGCCCUCCUCAUCUGGAUCCACCCGCCACCUCCCAGCGUCUAUCACUAUUCUCACUCUCCUUUCCUCUAUCUGCCCAUCAGCCCUCCUCAUCUGGAUCCACCCGCCACCUCCCAGCGUCUAUCACUAUUCUCACUCUCCUUUCCUCUAUCUGCCCAUCAGCCCUCCUCAUCUGGAUCCACCCGCCACCUCCCAGCGUCUAUCACUAUUCUCACUCUCCUUUCCUCUAUCUGCCCAUCAGCCCUCCUCAGCUGGAUCCACUCAUCACCUCCCUGCUCUUGCUCCACCCCUCCCCUCCAUCUCUCGAUCCAAAAUGCCAACUGUCCAUUUCCCUCCAUUGAUGCUGCUCGACCGGCUGGUUUUCUUCUCCAGAACCCGAUGUCUGCAGUCUCCUGUGUCUCCACUCUGAUCAGCCAAGUAGAGAUAUGAAAGACCAGGCUGUAAUUGUUAUAUGGUUAUACCCCUGGCAGCUUUUACCAUGUGCCUAUCACUCUCUCAAGUAAACAACUUGCCUCUGACACCACCCCCCCCCCCCAUGUUCAUUCAUCCAAUCACCUUAAACUUAUGCUCCCAUUGUAUUAACUAUUUCUGCCCUGGGGAAAAAUGAAAUCUCUGGCUAUCCACUCGAUCUCUGCCUCUUAUCAUCAGGGUGCAAACAUUUUCCCGGUUAAAUCAAAGUUGUUUUAAGUAUCCUGAAGUCCUCUCCUAGAUUCCAUGUGUGUUAGAAAGGAAGGUGCGACAUGUGCAUUCAGUUCUGGCCAUCCCAUCAUAGGAAGGAGGUGGAGUCAUUGGAGAGGGGGCAGAAGUGGUUCCCCAGGAUGUUGCUUGGAUUAGAGAGCAUGUGUUACGAGCAGACCUCCAAGUGGACCUCAACCUUGCAUGCCUCAAUGACCUGGGGAGCUUCGCCAGCUGGAAUCACGGCUUUACGCUUUGCCCUUGGUGGGGUCACCCAUGCCAAACAGGUCAAAGGGCAGAAGUCAGACUGAGAGUGGUCCUUCAGGUUCAUGAGUUCAGGUCAGGGCGUGCAAUCCUGACUGGUAAAAACGGAACCGUUUCGGAAACAGCAAUGAAGAAUCCCGAAUGCAACGGUGUUUCCUGAGUCUCCACCCGGGACUUGCAUGGCUGACGGUGGUGAAAACCGAGAGGAAGCUACUGAAAUGAUGAAGGAGGCCCUGAGCACUGCCAGAGAUGGAGGACCUUCAAUACCAGCAGUGUGACAGGCAGUAGGGAUCCCCCGCAAGCAGAACCAUAAUCCACUGGGCCAAAGGGUCAGAAAAGUUUACCUCAGAGAAGGAGACCAUUCGACCUCAACAAAGUCCAUCCAGCAUAACCGUAUCCUCCAGAUCUCUCCUCAGCCUCUACCACUCCAAAGAAAACAGUCCAAGUUGGGAAGGAAAAAUUAGACACACUUGAAGGCCUUUCCUGCAACCAUUGUGUAUAAUCAUCUAAUAACCUGAAGCAGAACGGUGAGUCAGAGUACAGGAAGCAGAUGGUGAGCUUCGUGACAUGAUUUCAUGGCAACAACCUUUCCCUCAAUGUCAACAAAAGAGCUGGCCAUUGGCUUCAGAAACGGUGGGGAGUGGGGUGCACAUGCUCCUGUCUAAGUCAAUGGUGCUGAGGUCGAGGAAGUUCCUAGGCUCAUCCCCAAUAGCCUAUCCUGGUCCAUCAAUAAGGCCAGGAAAACUCAUCAGUGCCUUUAAUUCUUCUGAAGGCUGCAGAAAUUCAGAUUGUCCCCAAUGACUACUGCCAAUUUUUGAUCAAUGCACUGAUCAUCCCUUUUCAAGUUCCCUCUGCAUUUCUCUUGAUUUUUUCCCUCUGAGUACGAUACCCAACUCCUUGAAUAUUCUGCAGGGAUCUGUGGACCUCAGCUCAGCACAUCUCACAAAGUAGCCCCCCCCCCCCCCUCCGUGGACUCUGUCUAUACUUCUUGCUGCCUCAGUAAAAAAUAAUCAAAGACCCCACCCACCCUGGACAUUCUCUCCUCAUUCUUCCAUUGGGCAGCAGACACAAAAGUGUGAAAGCACGUUCCACCAAGCUCAAGGACAGCUUCUGUCCCACUGUUAUCAUGCUCCAGAAUGGGCCUCUUGUUCAAUAAGAUCAACUCUCGGCCUUGCAAUCUAUCUCGUUAUGAUCUUCCAAUUUAUCCUUUAUUGCAUUCUUUCGGUAACUUCUACACUUGGUUCUGCAUUGUUUUACCUUGUUUUAGCUCAAUGCACUGUGUAAUGAUCUGAUCUGCAUAAACAGUGUGCAAGACAAGCUUUUCACUGUAUCGGUACAUGGACAAUAAUAAGCUAAUACCAAUACCAUUAGCGAUAGGAAACAUCUACCCCGUGCACUUCAUUCAGAAGCUUCUAACACACAGGCAGAGUGUUAACUGUAUAUAAAUCCUCAUGUGGUAUUAUUCAUUGUGAAACAUGAGGGCAGAGUCUGACCCAGGACAGUUAAAAAAAGCACAUAAAAUAAAAUAUUCUUAUUUGGAAAUACAGCAUCUGACUUCUUCUUGAUAACAUUAAGAACUGGAGACGUAAAACAGCCAUGCUGACAGCUUCAAUAUUCCAUGGUGCAAUGCAUUCUCUUUCCUCCUACAAUAAGUCACACACCAAUACAGUGCAGUGGCAGGCCACCAGUCCGUGACUCGCUGCUAAAACACUGAAAGGGGACCCACAUUACACUGGGUUAACCGUAUGCGAAAGCGUGUCUCCAUAAUGCUCAGUGCUCGCUUUAUUAGGUACCUCCUACACACCUGAUCGUUAAUGAAAAUAUCAACCAGAGGUCAUGGGUUAAGAACAAAAAGUGAAAAGUUUAAGGGGAGCAUGAGGGGAAACUUCUUCACUCAGAGUGUCGAAAGAGGGCGGAACAACUGCCAACACAAGAGCUGCAUUCAAGCUCGAUUUCAAUGUUUAAGAGAAGCUUGUGUAGGCACGUGGAUGGUAGGGGUAUGGAGGCCUAUGGUCCCGGUGCAGGUCGAUGAGAGUAGGCAGUUUAAAUGGUUCUGCACAGGCUAGAUGGGCCAAAGGGCCUGUUUCUGUGCUGCACUUUUCUACGUCUCUAUGACUUCACCUAAUCAGCCCAUUAUGUGCGGGCAACUCAAUGCUGACUCUUCCGGUAAGAUGGCAGCAUGGUGGGAUGCAGCAACCUCAACUGAAAGUUGAAAUCGAGCUCACAUUCACCACUUGCACUGGCAGCUCGUUCCACGCUCUCAUGGCCCUCUGAGUGAAGUUCCCCUCAUUUUUGUCUUUUUUAAAAUGUUUACUUUACAGUCGCAGAGCAACAUUGGACAUUAAGAACGUCUGGUACUGUAGGUCUACCCCAUCAGCGAGUUGCUUGUGGGUAGAGGAGCUGGACUUGGUGCUGGACUGUUACUGCCUGCUACAGACGGGCAUCAAAGUCGGUGCUCAAAGGUGAUGUACAGUCUAACAGCGAGUGAUUGUCUUGGAUGUUUCCCUAGCAAUUGCAAGACCCAGUCAGACGUUGAUAAUGCAAAAUGCUGCAAGUCCAUAUCCCUUGUUCAUUGGUGAGACAGACGGCAGGGAAGCUGCGUGGCCUCGGUUGUAGUGAGGACCAGCCCUCAAAUCAUGGGCUUGCCUAUUGCAGCAGUCCAGGAGAGGAGACGCCGGAGGCAGUGCAGUUUUGUGUCCACUCUGGGUAGGGGCUGACAAACCCCCAUCCCCGUUGGUGCUGUCCUCCAGUGUUCAAUUGUCCAGCUGGAUUGCAUGUAUGUGUGUGUAUGUUUGUCUGCAGCUUGCUGAUAACUGCUUGUUCUUGGCAAUAAGAUUCAUGCACCAUCAAGUUACACAUCCUGUAUGUUUACUUGUACCUUAAAUGUACUAUAUGUGCCUUGUUGUUCCCAAGGUUGUCAUAGCCAGGGCUGGUAGUGGGGAGAAGCCCGCACUGCCCAUAAAGAGCUCCAAAUGAUGUGCGUCACUAACAGGCUCUGACAACCUUCCAACUCCUGCCUUUCACAUUCGGCUUAGCUACUAGGCCCGGCAGAACUGUUUCUAGUGACAAGAGAAGGGGCAAAGGCAGACCACUGAUGCCUCAGAACCAGUUGCUUCGGGUAGGUGGGGCUGGUCAGCCUUGGAGAAGGAAAACUCUGAUUCUAAACCUCCGCUGCCUUGCGGCCAUACCCACCCACGGGAAAGGCUUCGGGAGUAAACCCCGAGGAAGAAAUCUGGAGCUGGGGUCCCUAAGGUGGUUUGAUGUUGUUUACAACUUCACUCUGGCAACCUCUGUGAUGACACUGCCCUUCCCUUGGACUACAUCAGUGACGUGGAGAGGGGGAACCCACCGCAUGGGCAACAGCCAGUUCUUCAAAUCUUCCCGCCAAGGCUUGUGCCCUGGAGAGGACAAAGUCCGCCAGAGGCGCAAACCCAUGAUCCCCUGGGAUCAGUGGCUGCCUACUACUAGAAUGUGCCUAGUGCUGUAUGCUGUUGGUGCUGUGUUUUGCACCUUGGCUCGGAGUAACAUUGUUUCGUUUGGCUGUAUUCAUUAUGAUUGAAAAUUAACCUUGAGCUUGAACUGCUGCGUGCUUGUUCUUGCAGAAACGUGGCUCCAGGACAACAUCUCAUGCACCAUCUUUCUACAGGCCAUGACCCUCAGGGACUUGAGCUAAUAUUAUUUUGUGACUGUAUGUGCUACGUGUGACUGUCGGUACUGUGUUUUACACCUUGGCCCUAGAGGAACGAUGUUUUGUUUAGCCAAUUAUAUGUGCGUGGCUGAAUGACAAUAAACGAACUUGAAGUGGUACAUUGGAGAAAGAGUGAACCUUACAUCAGGUUGACAACGAACAGUGUUCUGUCUGCAACAGGCUAAUAGCACUGAUUUAACCAGAUUCAAAAUGAUUCACUGAUAACAAAAUGGAUGACCAAUGCUGCAGCUAAGUUAACGGUUUGGAGACUGUCCAUCAUAUCUGAUGAUGACUGGAAACCUGUGUGGGAGAGUUUUAAAGUGGAAAAACUGUUGCAUUGGCAAACACGAGGAAAUCCGCAGAUGCUGGAAAUUCAAACAACACACACAAAAUGCUGCUGGAACACAGCAGGCCAGGCAGCAUCUACAGGGAGAAGCACUGUUGACAUUUUGGGCCAAGACCCUUCGUCAGGACUGGGGCAGUUCUGCUUCCUCAACCUUAGAAGCCCAGGUCCAGUGGUACAAGUAGUCAUCACAAUUGGGGUCUUCCUUGGUUGCAGUGAAACGCCAUGUCUUCUUCUGUGCCUUGUCAUGCCCUGUGCUCGCUUUGGAGUGUUGUAGAGCUACCCUCUUGGCUGUUGGAUCUCACUGUUGAUCUCACCUACCCAGUUCACUACAGCUGACCUUGUUUACUAGGACGGACGGUCACUGUGGUAUGGGGCCCAUCUGUCAAAGCAGUGUGGUGGGGUGGUAGCCGCUGUCACAUGUAAACAACUACUUGGAGCCACACGUGAGAGCUGAGUGGCUGAUGUGGACCAAAGGUGAGUGUACUGUUGCAGAUUGGACACAAUAAGCCCCUUCAUCUGAGAGGCUACCCCUCCCUGGACACCCCACACAGCCAAGUUAUUGGUUUGAGGCAUGAUUAUAGCUUUAGCAUGGUGACAGAUCUCUUUCAAUGGAUUGAGGAUUGAGCCAACCAAAAGACAGCUUUAAGUCCUGCCAUGAGAAUGCCCUAUUUCCAUUGGCUGGCACAGUUAUUUCCGUAUUCACUUAGAUUGAUAAUAUUAAGAACUGGCAGAGUAUGUGCGAAGGUGUAAGAUUUUAUAUGCAGCAUUAAGCAAUUGUCUUCCUAGGAAUCUGCCUCUGCUAUAACCUUUUCAACUGCUCACUACACCAAAACAAACAAGUUAGAAUUGCUGAAACUUCCUUUGAAACUUCGGAACAAAGUUAAUUGAAUAGAACUUGGAGAGUUUCAUUUAAAAACCUCAUUCUCCUGUGUGGUUUGUUUAUUAUGCCAAACAAUGAUGGGACAAUGUAGCUGUAAAGUCUUCAAGGAACUCCUGGAAUUCAGUUAAUUAAGCACAUCAGUUUUUUAAUGCGAUCAAUUUUAAUUAAACGGAAUUUUAAUUGAGAUCCUACUGGCCUGUGGAGAGGAGUAGCAGUUCUGUAUAGCUUGUGCUAGUAGAAAGCCCACAUUUCACUUCAGAUUUGCUGGCAUCUAAUUAAAAUGGAUGGAUUCUCAAGCCUUUGUACUCAAGUGGUUUUCUUUCCAUGACUAUUAAUGAUUUUAAUGAACUGAAGUAAUUCAGUAGUUUCCAUCUCCAUGUGUUAAUCCACUGAUCAUCACAACUUUAGCCUUUAAUGACUUUCCAUUUCCUCACAGCGACAAUUGAUCAGAUUGAACGAUUUGUGUUGUAGCCCAAAAAAACACAUCCUGGGUCAGUAAAUGAAAGCUGUUCUUUACACUGCGAUCAGGCUGCAGGGUAUUAAAACCUACUGCUGCAGAAAUUCUUCUUUUUUUGUAUAAUGUCUCUGAGUAAAUGGGGGCGCCACGGUUAGCACAACGCUAUUACAGUUCAGGGUAGCAGAGUUCGGAGUUCAAUUCCAAUGCUGCCUGUAGCUUCUAAAGGUGUGUAGUGGAGGGAAUAUUGACUGGCUGUAUCACAGUGUGGUACGGAAACACCAAUGCCCUUGA